CGCAUCACCGGCGACUGCAAGAAAAGGAAAGAUGGAGGACAGCUCUUCAAAACAGAUGCCCGAAAACCUGGACGACCCUCCGAACAGCCGUCUGUUCGUGGUCACCAGUCGGUCUAUAACUGAAGACGAGCUUCGGGAGAGUUUUUCGAAGUUUGGGGAGGUUCAGGGGGUCUGGCUGGUCAAAGACAAGCAGACAAAGGAGCCCAAAGGCGUCUCAUAUGUGAAGUUCGCUAAGUCGUCACAGGCCUGCUUAGCCAUGGAAGAAAUGCACGGAAAGGUGCUGCAGGAGGGGACUAAACCGAUAAAGGUGUUUAUAGCACAGUCACGAGGAUCAGGCAGACACAGAGAUGUUGAGGAUGAAGAGCUGACCAGGAUAUUCAUCAUGAUUCCCAAAACUUUCACAGAGGAGGAUCUAAAAAACACAUUCAGAGAGUACGGAGAUAUUGAAUAUUGCAUCCUUAUCAGAAACAAGGUCACAGGUGAAAGCAAAGGCCUCGGCUAUGUGCGCUACUACAAACCCUCUCAAGCUGCCCUCGCCAUCGAGAACUGUGACAAAUCUUACAGAGCCAUCCUGGCUGAACCACGCAGUAAAAAUAACUCCUCUGAAGAUUACUCUGCAGGAGGGACCAGGGGUGGAGAUUACAGCUCUGGUGACUCCAUGAACCAGUACCCCAUCAUCACUACUGAUCAGGGGAACUACUCCAUGAUGGACUACCGCCAAAGUGAGUUCACCCGCUCUCUGAUGGUGUCCACGCGGGCCGCGCUCACCCAGGAGCAGAUCUUUGCUCUGUUUGACCUCAUCCCAGGCAUGGAGUACUGUGAGCUGCACAGAGACUCGUACGGUAUGAGCAAAGGUCACGCUCUGAUUCGCUACAAUAAUCUCGGAUCAGCAGUUUAUGCCAAGGAGAAGCUGAACGGCUUUGAAUAUCCACCUGGCAACCGAAUUCAAGUGGCUUUUUACGAUGAUGGAGAGAGCCCUGCAAACCGGAUGGCCUCUCAGUUUGUUACAGCCCAGAUCCUCUCCUCGGUGUGGAACGGAGCCUCCAGCAGUAUGAUCAAACCCACCGGAUACUCGUCUGUCUCGCAGAUGUCUCGCAUUCAGACGGAUGUCACUCUGCCACCUCUCAAGAAGCUAGCUCCAUCUGACAGUAAGGCCAAAGAACGCCUGUUUGUUGUCUUCAACCCCUCCCCGCUGCCGCUUGACGUGCUGGAGGAUGUAUUCUGUCGCUUCGGUUCCCUGAUCGAAGUCCAUUUGGUUCCAGGAAGGAAGGUUGGAUACAUGAAGUAUGCUGACAAACAGUGUGCAGAUGAGGCCAUGGCCGUGCUCCACGGUCGGAUCGUCAACGGAGUGAAGAUGAAGGUGAUGCUGGCUGAUCCUCCUCGGGAGGAGUCUCACAAGCGGCCGCGGACCUACUAGACCAGAACUGGCAGGCGACUGUUGUCAUAACAAAACGACACCUGACCUGACAGACCAACAGACACCAACAUCAUCUCCUGACCUCUGACCCGACCCUUUGCCUGACUCGUAUUCAGUCAGUAAGCAUCUCUGUGUUUAAUGAUGUUUCUGUUUAAUUUACAUUUCAAACCAAGACUUUGUGGAAAAAAAUAGGCAAAAUUUGGAGUUUAAAAAUGAGCUAGAUUAUGAUUCAGAAGAUCUGUUUUUGUUAAACUGUAAGCAGGAUCCUGUAGUCUAAGUUUAAAGAACUUGACCUGAACAGUCAGAUCAGGUAUGUAAACCCAUACUAAGCUCAGAUGAUUGUGUUAUUUGGACUGAUUUUUAUUCUUUUCAUUAAUAAAAAGUACAUCAAG